AUGAACCUGUUGCAGGCACGGUCAUGCUCAGUUGAAGGACCUGACUGGGCGACGGCUUGCUCCAUAACAGAGGAUGAUGCGGCAAUGCUCAAGAUGCAGGAAUCGUCUUUCUUGGGUGUGGAGGGUGCUACAUCGCUGAAGGCUGAAAUCACUGGCAAGAUUCCUGAACUGAACUCUGCGGCACACUAUCGAUCUGCGCGCAAGCUGGUUCAGGACUUGGGCGGUGCGCCCGCUUUGAAAGAGGAGCUGGUCUAUUCAGGCUAUGUGGACGGUGAGACAUCCAAGUUGACGCUGUUGGACCGGCCAAUGAACAUUUUCGCACUGCUGUCCAGCGGCACUAUGAAGCAACCAGAAUCUGAAGCCGAGCAAGACUUGCUUGGCACCUUCAAGAGCAAGUUUAUGAUUUGCCGCAACAAGCUAGAAAACGAUAUCAAUUGGGACAAUCCCGAUAUGAAGUGGGUGAAGACGUCCAGCAUGGCACGUUUACAUCGGUUCUUGACAACGCGUGAUCUACAUUAUCAGUGGUUCAAUCCCUUGCUCUUUGGGCUGGUCCCGGCUGAUGAUGAUGGGGUCACGGCACGAUCAGCACUGGCUGAAGUGGAGCAGAUGAAGUCUGCUGCUUUGCUCUUUGCCAAGAAUGCAGGAUGGUCGGACAAGGUUGGCCUUUUUGUGAAUGUGUUCGGUCACAACAACGUGAACUCGUUGUUCAUCCACGUUCUCGAUAUGUCUGAGCUCGGACCGGCGUUCAGCUACCAUUCCUUCAAGAAUUGCCCGCUGGAUGAUGUCAUCAAGGUGCUCAGAGAAGAGGCAGCCAGCAACUUUCUGCCGGCUCCUGUGAAGACCACAGACCUUCCCGGCCUCAUGGAGAAGGCCGGCGCCCGGCGCCGCCGCAUGUCCAUGGUUGGCGAAACACGUGCAGGUGGAGGAGGAAAUUUCUUCUUCGCAGGAACAGAUGGUGCGACCUCGGUGAAAGCUGAGAUUGUUGGACGUUUACCUAUCAUCAAAGAUGCCGCGAGCUUUCGCGCAGCACGCCGGAUGCUCAUGGAGGAGCUGGGUGGUAUGCCAACGCUCAAGGAGGAGCUGAUGAGAUCCGGGUUUAUCGACCCUGUCACAGGCAAGCUUACCACUGGCACACGCCCUUUCAACGUUUUUGCUCGGAUAGCUGGGGAAGUUAUGGCACAGCCGGGCAUGGACAAGGAGCAGGAAUACCUUGGAGAAUUCAAGGAUCAUUUCAUAGUUGCCUCGAACUUGCCGGCCAACGACGAGCAUUGGGACUCUGAGGACAAGGAGUGGGUGGGAAAGGCUUCUAUGGCAAAACGCCACCGCUUUCUCACGAUCAAAGAUCUCCAUUGGCAAUGGUUCAACGUCCUUGGCUUCGGACUUCUUCCAGAAUCAAAGGGAGGCGCCGGACUUGGUCGCGCCAUUGCUCUGAUCGAGGUCAUGAAGGCAGCAGCACUCAAGUAUGCUCGGAACUGCCCAGGGUGGAGUGACCGAGUGGGUUUGUUCUUCCAUGUCUUUGGACACAACUCAGUCAACUCACUGCACCUCCACAUCUUGGACAUGUCGGAGACAGGUCCCACUUUCUGGCAUUUCGAGUACAAGAACUGUCCCUUGGAUGUUGUGCUCAAGGUAUUGAAGGAAGAGGCCAGCUCCAGUUCGAUGGGCUCCGAGAACUUGGGGCUCAUGGCAGAAGUGACAGAAGCUGCGACUGCAGCUGCCAAGGCUGCUCAAGCAGCUGCAGAAGCUGCGUUGUCUGCACAGCGCCCAAGCGUGAAGGGCCCGAACGGGGUGGAGAUCCUCACGAUCAAUGUGGGAGGAGAGCUUCUGACGGUCAGCCGUCAGACAAUGCUGCAGGCGCCGGAAGGCAGUCGUCUCCGACAGCUCUUCCAGGACGACAAAGUGCGCAUGUCGCAGCUCGACGCGAAUCAGAGGCCAUACCUCAACUACCCGGCUCCGGCGUUCAAAUGCAUCGUUGACCACCUACGGUUGCUAGCAGAGCUUCCGCCAGCGAAUGUUCUUGAGCCUUUCGUUGCGCCCCCGUGGCUUGACACACAAGUGCGCGAAUUGGCUUGGAUUCUAGGCGUUGAGGAGAUGCUGGUGGCUCCACAGUAUGGCACGAACUUCGGCACACCCCGAUUGGCGAGUCGAGCCAGCAGGUCGUUUUGCUGCAUGAGGAGACGACCCCAUGGUCGUCCAGAGGAGGAACCGGCUGAGGCGACGAGCUCCAAGGUGUGA